UCCUUUCGGUUCAGCUUCAUUCCAUAAGUAUUCGUCAGCAACGUACUAAGUGCCCGGCAGGCACCUGGUUAAGGCUGAGAGUGGAGGAAGAUGGGCCAAGACGGGAAGAGUAAGGGGCGCAGAGCGCGCUGGAGGCACCUAGAUGGAGAGAGCCGGGGCGGGGGAGGCUGCGGGAGGCGACACCCGGGCGGGACUCGAACAGCUGGAAGACGCUGCAUCCUGAGUACAAACCACGGACCCCAGGGCACCUUCACCGGGGGAACCACGUCAGAAAUCCCGACCUGGACUGACUUCCUGCCCGGGAGGCCGCGCGGCCGCGGGCUCUGGGCGCGGGCCAGGGGGGCGGCGCCGGGCCGGAGGUGCUUCCUGGGCGCAGCCGGGGCCGGGCGGCGCGCGGAGGAGCGGGAGGCGCGGGACCACGCAGCGGGGAGGGCGCGCCGGCGGCCGCAUGGAGGACGGCGUGCUCAAGGAGGGCUUCCUCGUCAAGAGGGGUCACAUCGUCCACAACUGGAAGGUGCGAUGGUUCAUCCUUCGGCAGAACAUGCUGCUGUACUACAAGCUUGAGGGGGGUCGGAGAGUGACUCCUCCCAAGGGCCGCAUCCUUCUAGAUGGCUGCAUCAUCACCUGCCCUUGCCUGGAGUAUGAAAACCGACCGCUCCUCAUUAAGCUGAAAACUCAAACAUCCACAGAAUACUUCCUGGAGGCCUGUUCUCGAGAGGAAAGGGACGCCUGGGCCUUCGAGAUAACAGGAGCUAUUCAUGCGGGGCAGCCAGGGAAGGUCCAACAACUCCACAUAUUGAAAAACUCCUUCAAGCUGCCCCCUCACAUCAGCCUGCAUUGCAUUGUGGACAAGAUGCACGACAGCGGCAGCGGGAUCCGGCCAAGCCCCAACAUGGAGCAGGGAAGCACCUACAAAAAGACCUUCAUAGGCUCCUCCCUGGUGGACUGGCUCAUCUCCAACAGCUUUGCAGCCAGCCGUCUGGAGGCCGUAACCCUGGCCUCCGUGCUCAUGGAGGAGAACUUCCUUAGGCCAGUAGGCACCCGAAGCCUGGGAGCCGUUCGCUCUGGGGAUCUGGCUGAGCAGUUCCUGGAUGACUCCACAGCCCUGUACACUUUUGCUGAGAGCCACAAGAAGAAGACAAGUCCUAAGGAAGAAAUCAGCCUCAGCACCAUGGAGUUAAGUGGCACAGUGGUAAAACAAGGCUAUCUGGCCAAGCAGGGGCACAAGAGGAAAAACUGGAAGGUGCGGCGCUUUGUUCUGAGGAAGGAGCCAGCUUUUCUGCACUACUACGACCCUUCCAAAGAAGAGAACCGGCCAGUGGGCGGGUUUUCUCUUCGUGGUUCACUCGUGUCUGCUCUGGAGGAUAACGGCGUCCCUGCUGGGGUUAAAGGAAAUGUCCAGGGAAAUCUCUUCAAAGUGAUUACUAAGGAUGACACACACUAUUAUAUCCAGGCCAGCAGCAAGGCUGAGCGUUCAGAGUGGAUUGAAGCUAUCAAAAAGCUAACGUGACAAGGACCUGAGGGAACAGGACCAGGAUUCCUCCUUCUUAGCAGAUGACAUAGGAUUUCCUGAAAAAUGGGCAUGUGUUAAGACUUUUAACUUCUUCUAUUUUGUACUGCUUUGGAGUGAGAUUGAAGAGUUCCUUAGAUUACAGCUGGCAGUGGUGCUAUUUCCUUCCUCACCUUCAAAGUCAACGUGGAAAUGCUAGAACAGCCAUUAGGCAAUAAGCAUCUUGACUUUUGCCCAUCAUCACAACCAGCCAUUCCUUGGGUACCAAAGUAGGUUUCCUUGUCACACUAACUGGCCAUGUUGUAAUACUAAAUAAAACACUAUAGUCUCAUGGUGGCGCUCUCUGAAAUGCUGUCAGCAACCCAACUCCUUCUUUGGAAUGAAUACAAAUUGACAUUUG